AUGAUUGAUUCUUCAUUUUCCUCUUUAUGUAGUCGUUAUCUUCUAAUCAUGUUAACUCCAGGUUUGCCCUGCUUGGUGGCUGAUGAGGACUCAUUUGGUCCAAUUGUAAAUGAUUCCUGUCACCACGGCUUUGACUUCACACUCUUGUUCGAAGAGACAAUUCUCGCACUACUUCCAUUGUCAAUUCUCUUUGUCUUAGGGCCAUUCCGAAUAUGGAAGCUCUAUAAGUCCUCCGAAAAAGUCAAGCCUUCAUGGUUAUACGCUGCCAAGGGAAUAACUUAUUCAAUUCAUAUAUCUCUUCAAUUUACUCUAUUUCUGUUUUGGUCUCAAUCGUCCACCCCAAAAACCAGAGCUACAAUACCAACAGCAGUGGUAUCGCUAGUCGCAUCACUUGGUUGCAUUUAUUUAUCGCAUCUAGAGCAUCGUUUCUCCGUUCGUCCUUCGACAAUUCUAUGUCUAUUUCAGGCCUUGACUUUUCUUCUUGAUCUGCCGCGUCUAAGGACUCUCUCUUUUCUACCGUACAACAAUACAGUGACACUCCUUUUUGCUGCCAGUUGGGUAGCUAAGGCUGUGAUCCUUGUUCUUGAGACCACAGAAAAGAGGUCAUCCCUAAGGAAAGGAUUUGAAAAGACUGCGAUUGAAGAGACCAGUGGUGUAUUCAGUCGGACUGUCUUUUGGUGGCUAAAUGACCUGUUAUGGAAAGGUUCGAAUACUACUCUGACAGUUGACGACUUGCCUAUCCUGGCUGAGGACCUGCGGGCAGCCUCAGAUCCUCAGACGAUUAAGGAAAAAUGGAAGAGAGCUAACAAGAAUGGGCGAAAUGCUCUGCUAUGGACUCUCACCUGCCAUUACAAGUGGGAGUACUUGGUAGGGUUAUUGCCUCGUCUGGCAUACACUGGUUUCGCAUUCGCGCAGCCUUUUCUAGUACAGAGAGUUCUAGAUUUUAUGGAAGAACCGGAGCAUGUGAACUCUUCAAAUUAUGCGUACGGACUCAUUAUAGCGUAUGCGAUAGUUUACAUCGGGAUUGCGGCCACAUGGUCUGUCUACCAGCAUAAGACACAUCGCCUCAGAGUAAUGAUCAGAGGCAGCUUAGUGAGCCUGAUAUUUGACAAGACGCUGCGUCUAAACACAUCGGCUGUAUCUGAUGCUACUGCGGUGACCUUGAUGAGUACCGAUAUUGAACGAAUUCAGACUAGUCUCGUGGAGAUUCAUGAGGUCUAUUCUAACUUCAUAGAGAUUGCACUUGCUCUGUGGUUUUUAGCAAGACUUCUUGGAAUCGCAACGAUCGCGGCCACGGUGAUUGUCUUGAUUUGCCUCGCUGCGGCUAUUCCAUUUGCCAUAGCUACCGGAAAUGCUCAAGGAAAAUGGCUUGAAGCUGUCGAAGAAAGAGUCGCAGUGACCUCCAAGGUUCUGGGAGUAAUGAAAAAUGUCAAAAUGACGGGCUUGACGGAAGUCGUGGCCAGCACCCUUCGCAGUUUACGACUUGGGGAAAUUAGUAGCUCGCGACCAUUUCGGCUUCUCAACGUGCUCAAUGUGACUAUCUCCUAUCUGUCUUCCGCAUUGGCUCCAGUGUUUGGAUUCGGGGUCUAUAUCCUGAUGGCCCGAGCAAAUGACACGAUAACUCUGACUAACGGCAUUGCAUUCUCUGCAUUGACUCUGUUCAUGCUCUUGGAUGUAGCAGUUGUUUCCAUCUCUGAUGAGGCCGAGGAUUUUAUGGCACUUGUGAAUUGCUUUCGACGAAUUCAGAGCUACUUACUUGAGACAGAACGCACGGAUCAUCGCUCGAGUAUCAAGUCCGAGGAGCCCAGUUUAAUUGAUCUAGAAUCCAUCGAUGAUUCAAACCACGAAGCAGCGUCCUGUGUUAAGGCUCGAAAUUUGUCGGUUGCAUGGUCUAUCGAUGACGAAUUUGUUCUCAGGGACUUGACCUUUGACUUAGAAUUUCGAAAAACUACCAUGAUCGUUGGACCAGUUGGAUGUGGCAAGUCAACCUUGCUGAAAACAUUCUUGGGUGAAGCUGCAGAGUGCACUGGGUCAAUAGCUGUGGCAUAUAAGAACGCAGCUUACUGCAGUCAGUCACCUUGGAUUGCCUUCGGUACUAUUCAAGAAAACAUUGUUGGUGCCUCGCCAUGGGAUCAAAAGUGGUACGACCGCGUCAUUCAGGCAUGUGCCUUGCAGUUUGAUCUUCAGCAGUUUCCAGCAGGUGACCAGGCAAAGGUUGGAGUGCGUGGAUCAAGUCUCAGCGGUGGUCAACAAAUGCGUGUUGCCUUUGCGCGUGCUCUCUAUUCAAGAGAACCGAUCCUCAUUUUGGAUGAUGUUCUAACAGGACUAGACCGUGAGACAGAAAAAUUCAUAUUGGAAUCUGUUUUUGGUCGAAACGGGCUAUUGAAGGAAAAUUCCCGGACUGUCAUAAUGGCAACAAAUUCUGCUCAUCAUCUUCUUUGCGCUGAUCAUAUUAUUUCCAUCAAUUCAAGCGGACAACUUGCGGAACAAGGAUCCUACGAGGAACUCGUUGUCUCACGCGGCUCCGUGCCUUUUCUUCCUGACCAGACUGGGGAAGAGAAACCCACUAGGUUACCAGAAGUUGUCUUUGACGAGGAGACAUUGCAAGAGCUUAACCUGGACAAAGAUGAAAUUGAUCAUACCAGCCGACAGACAGGCGAUUGGCUUGUUUACCUAUACUACUUCCAAAACAUCGGGUGGCCUCUGUUAUCUCUAUGCUUGGCUUGCUCUAUGUUGUUCAUUGCUGGCUUGAUCUUUCCCCAAUUAUGGCUUCAGUGGUGGUCUCGUGCAAAUGAGCAGCAUCCGAACGAGGACAUUGGGUACUGGCUUGGUGGUUAUGCUGCCCUGGCCGUCUUGACCCUUGCUGCCUCUUUCUCUGCAAAUUGGGUCUUUGGAAUGGUCAUUGUUCCCAGAACAGCGCGCAGAUUUCAUGAUAUCCUGUUAGACACAACCAUGAGCGCAACGACAUCUUUUCUCACUUCGACUGAUGUUGGGACAACGACGAACAGAUUUAGUCAGGACUUGGAAUUAAUUGACGACGAGCUCCCCUCUGCACUUGAAUUGUCAAUUAACUCAGGUAUAAGCUGCAUCAUUGAAGGGUUCCUAGUCUUCGCAGGAGCAUCUUACCUGACAGCAACAAUCAUCCCAUUCUGUGCUCUUGUGAUCUACUACGUUGCAAGACACUAUGUUCAAACAUCUCGUCAACUCCGACUCCUUGAUAUGGAAGCAAAAGCUCCCUUAUUCUCACAUUUCCUGGAGUCACUCAGCGGACUUACUAGUAUUCGUGCUUAUGGUUGGUCCGAGGACUAUCAACACCGAAGUCAAUUUGCACUUGAUAUUUCCCAGCGUGCUUAUUAUCCAAGACGCUGCAUACAGCGCUGGAUGAACGUUGCGCUCGAUCUUCUAGUAGCCGUUAUUGCUGUAACCGUCAUUUCAGUAGCAUUUGCCAUGAAAGGCCAAUCUUCAUCCAAUCUGCUUGGAAUUGCGUUAUUCAACAUCGUCAACUUUAGUGUGACUCUGCAAUCGCUAGUCCAGGAGUGGACUGGACUCGAGACUUCAAUUGGUGGUGUUGCCCAAAUCCGAUCCUAUGUGCAACAGGCCAAAACCGAGGAUUUGGAGAGUGAGGUUGAAGUGGUUUCAACAGCCUGGCCGUUGAAUGGUGAUGUUGAAAUUUCCAAUGUCUCUGCUUCAUAUGAUGGUUCUCCGGAACCGGCUCUUCAGGAUAUCAAUCUCAAGAUUUCCGCCGGUGAGAAGAUCGCUCUUUGUGGAAGAACUGGAAGCGGCAAAUCAUCACUCAUUUCCACAAUCUUGCGCACACUCGAGAUAAGCAAUGGCACAAUCUGCAUCGAUGGCAUGGACAUCUCCAAAAUCUCCAGGUCACACAUUCGUUCCUCUUUGAAUACUAUCCCACAACAAGCCUUCUUCUUAUCCGGUUCUAUCCGACUAAAUGCAAACCCACAUGGGGAUGUGUCAGAUGAAGUUAUUAUUGACGCACUACGAGAAGUCAAUUUGUGGUCUUACCUCGAAUCGAAAGGUGGCUUAGAUGCCGACAUGUCAGAGGAUUUGCUUUCUCACGGACAACAGCAGCUCUUGUGUUUGGGACGAGCUCUCUGCAAGAGGAGCAGAAUUGUCAUACUGGAUGAGGCUACAAGCAGCGUGGAUUCUGAGACUGAGAAGCUCAUGCAACACGUCAUCCGGACUCGCUUCAAAGAUCAGACACUUAUUGUUAUUGCUCAUAAGCUGGAAAGUAUCUUGGAUUUUGAUAAGAUUGCGUUUUUGGACCAGGGAAGAGUGGUUGAAUUUGAUACUCCACAAAAUCUUCUGUCAACAGAAGGCUCGGCCUUCAAGUCUUUGUAUAAUAGUGCUCAACGGGAGAUAACUUGA